CGGUGGGAAAUUAAUUCUAACGCUUGGCCUCAAAAGUCACCGUGGACAGAUAUGUCAGUCUGAAGACGAAAAAGCUGGCAACAGUUACAUAAAGCGAAGGAAACAUGAAGACAUCCGGCACUGGCUCGUCACUGAUAAAUGACGACCGGCGGCAAAGAAAGAUGGCCGACAUCGCCCAGGCCCUGCAGGCCAGUCCGGCCGACGUAGCGGCCCUCAGGAGGAUGGCCAUCAGCGAGGGCGGCCUGCUGACGGACGAGAUGCGCUGUCAGGUGUGGCCGCGACUCCUCAACGUCCCGCCCAAUAUCUUGGAGCAGGAGCCAGAAACGGUGGAGCGGGACAACAACAAGGAUUACAACCAAGUGCUACUGGACGUUCAACGCUCACUACGGAGGUUCCCUCCUGGUAUGCCGGAUGAGCAGCGGGAGGGUCUCCAGGAGGAGCUGAUUGACAUCAUCCUCCGAGUCCUCAAGCGUAAUCCUCAAUUGCACUACUACCAAGGUUACCACGAUAUCGUCGUCACCUUCCUCCUGGUUGUGGGCGAGCGCUUGGCAACGGCCCUUGUGGAAAAACUCUCCACGCAUCACCUCAGGGACUUCAUGGACCCCACCAUGGACAACACCAAACACAUCCUCAACUACUUAAUGCCCAUCAUCGAGAGGGUCAAGCCCGAGGUGCAUGAUUUCAUGCAACAGGCGGAGGUGGGCACCGUCUUUGCUCUCAGCUGGCUGAUCACCUGGUUCGGCCACGUCCUGGCAGACUUCCGCCACGUGGUGCGGUUGUACGACUUCUUCCUCGCCUGCCAUCCGCUGAUGCCCAUCUACUUUGCGGCCGUGAUAGUCCUGCACCGAGAGGAGGAGGUGCUGGAGUGCGAAUGCGACAUGGCCAUGGUCCAUCACCUGCUGUCACAGAUUCCUCAGGAUCUGCCCUACGAGACGCUCAUCAGCCGAGCGGGAGACCUGUUUGUCCAGUUCCCGCCAUCCGAACUGGCCAGAGAGGCCGCCUGGCGCGACUGCAUGGCGACCACCACGUUUAAAGACUUUGACUUGGCCUCGACGCAGCAGCGGCCUGACUCGGUGCUCCACCACCGCCGGCGGAGGCAACUGCAACAGCAGCAGCAGCAACAGCAGCAGCGGGAGGUGGCAGAGCGCUCGAAGGUGGCCCGGCCCUCUGUGACGCGCCGCUUUGUCCGCUUGGCGGUGAUGGGCCUGACGGUAGCCUUGGGGGCUGCGGCGCUUGCUGUUGUCAACACCGCCCUGGAGUGGGCCCCCAAGCUGGACCUCUUUCCAUGAGCCUUGUCUGGAAAAAAAAUGAAGGACCGCUUGAAGAACUGCUGCCAUCUUGUGGCUCUUUAAGGUGUUUCACAAAGAGCACAAAAAUGUCUAGUUUUGUUUUCAGAGGGUUAGUCCUACAGAAAGGAUUUUUUUCUGUGGAGCAUACAGAUAUAUUUAUUAGAUUAGUUUGUGAAUAGUAAACCACAAAUAUUUGCGGAUUACUGUACAGCACAACUGACAAUUUUGUACUCGUUAUUGGUAGUUACAAUGACCUAGUUAUUCUAGUAGAAAUAUAAUGUGGCCUUUGCUGCCAAUUCGACACGAAGUGUGUAUAUUUACAUUUGUAAGGUAUUUGAUAUCAGGACAAAGACCAAACGAAGAAUUGUUAGAGUCCUCGUCUAUUCAAUAAUUUCUUGUAUUAAGCUGUACAGAAAUGGCACUUGAGUUAUUUCAAACUUAUUCCCACUACGCCACCGUCCGCCGCUUCUUUACAGCUGCACUUGGCACAUUCCUCCAACGAGCAGUAACUAGGUCAUUUGCUUUCAGUUUGGUAUGGUUAAAAGUUGGGUCAGUUUAAGCUGCCUCAAAGAAGAAAAAGACUGGGUGAUGCCUACCGUUUUGAGACGGUAUUUUUUUUUUUGUGCAAUUUGUUGUGUCACGUCACAGCCAGUCAACUCCAUUCAAAUGUUGUAGGUUCUAAAAUUGAAUAAGCACUUUUUGUCACCACUGCUGGAAGAAGUACGGGUUGUUAGCAUGCAAGUAAACUCUUGCUCACCUUCACUUAUGAACACAUCUUUUUUCCAACCCUGUACUUGCUGUAGCUUUUUAAAAUUGAUUUCACACAAAGCUUUAUUUUUGACACCGCCAGCCACCUAACUAAAAAUAUUGUUAAUAUUUGGGGGAGGAAAUAUUUGUCAUUAUGGUUUUUGCUAAAAAGCUCUGAGGUUUUUGCCAUUCAUUCAUGUUGCACUACUUUUUUGUGCGUUUUUUAACCCAUAUAAUUUUAUGCAAUGUUGUACUGUACCGGAAACUACUAAUAAACCAUUAAAGUGCGA